CACACACACACACACACACAAAUACACACACACACACAUACACACACACACACACAAACACACAAACAUCCGUAAGCAGCAAACACCUUACCAAAGACAUCGAGUAUCUAUACAUGUACUAUGGUCAAUAUUAAUAAGUCAAGCAAUUCGUUUAGCACAGUGGUCGCUCUUCCAGUGGACGGGAUCUUUUUUGUCUUUUAUUGUUUCAAUUAGAUCUAGAUUUAUUUAUUUAUUUAUUUUUUUUCAAAUACUGUUGCUCCUCCAUGGUCCGCCAAAUGAUGCUGUUAUUGUUUAUGUGUGUGUGUGUGUGUGUGUGUGUGUGUGUGUGUGUGUGUGUGUGUGUGUGUGUGUGUGUGUGUGUGUAGGGGGGGGGGUGUUGUUGUUGGUUUUAUUCUCCAGUUGAGUAUAUCUGUCGGUCUGCUGGGGUGAUGUACCCCUCUCAGCCAGGGUUGGACCUAACUGACGGAGUCGAAUCUGCCUGUAUCCUGAAUUAUCUAACCUGUGUUAAAAGGGACGAAAAAUAUUGGCAGCGACAUGUUUUUGUAUCCUUCUAAUUUUGUCGUUCCAGGGGAAAAGGAAAGAAGCCGUGAGACGAUGCGCAACUCAUCCCUACUCGAGGAUGAAGCACGCCGCCAUGAUCGUUACGUAUAACGUUCUGAAGAAAGUGAAAGUAGGAGUCGGGCUGUUGGAUAUCCCGCUCUUCACGCUAGAGGGGGACAGUUGUCGCCUGUCACACCUGGUGAAAGAACAACGCCCCCUGGUGCUCAACUUUGGCAGUCUCACCUGAGGUCCAUUCCUGUCGGUGGUCAGCGAUUGGAACGCCGUUGUAAAGAAGUACGGUGAUCUCGCAGACUUCGUGACAGUUUACAUCAUGGAGGCUCACGCUAGUGACGGCUUUUGGCCCAAUGAGGCUCAUAGCAUUAAGGCACACACAGCCCUCGAAGACCGGCUCGAGUCAGCCAAGACGUUAGACGACAUAGGAAUCUCCGGUCGUCUGCUGGUGGACUCUAUGGAAGACCUGGCCUCUCACCUGUACGGGGCGGUGCCAGAACGUCUGUUCAUUGUGGAAAGGGGCGUGGUCACGUAUGUGGGCGCUUUGGGACCGGUGGGAUAUGAUCUGGAUGAGGUGGAAGAAAGACUGAAAGCUUUGCGUUAACGCCUUGUUGUUGAGUCAACACAGUGGCAGAUAUUAACUGUUUAUUGUUAAGAAAACUUUAAUUCUUCAUAUUAAUUGGAGACAAUUUUGUGUUAACAGUUUGUUGUUGAGAUAAUUGACGUUUGUUAACUUUUAGUUGUUGAGACAACGUUAACUCGUUCUUAUUAAGACAACUUUGUGUUAACCCUUUAUUGUUGAGAUAAUGUUUACUCUUCAUGUUUCAUACGAUUUUGUGUUAUCUCUUUGAUACUCAGAUAUUUAAUGUUUGUUCACUCUUUGUUGUUGAGACAACUCUUUGUUAAUUCUUUGUUGUUGUAUCCGCUAUUUUAGCUUUACACUCUUUGCAAUUGAUUGUUGUCGAGAUUACUUUCUAUAAACUCGAAAUGUCUGAGAUAAUUUUAUGUUAACUCUUUGAUGUGGAGACAGCUUUGUUUUUCUAGUUUUAGUUUUAGGAAGAGUUUAACGGCAUAGGUAGAUCACUAUACGCGCCAAAAAUUUGAAGUAUGACUAGAAAGAAAUAUUUAUAUAAAGAAAAGAA